GCAGAGCUGUGAAGGAAAACAAAGCGAAAAUUUUAUGUUGCUACCAAAAUUGUUCUUUUCCUCGAAUUCUCGCUAAUUCCUCACCAUGGACGAUACGGAUGAUGUAUUCAGAUACGUGUAUAGUUCAUCGCUGGACAAUCGGGUGUGCGUUAAAGUUGGAACUUUUGAGGGUUUUCAGCACAAGCCAUGCUACGAGAAGCUCCUCGAGGACCCCAUGCUGCGCUUCUCGGGGCUCUACACGGAAACAUGUGCCCCACUAAUGGUGAAGCUGCAGCUGUACAAUAAGGGCAAACCCUACGGAGUGGCCGUGACGACGUCAUUCAAGACAUUCACGAAGCGUUGGAAUUGGAAUGAGUGGGUGACGCUACCUGUAGAGAUGCGUGAUCUCCCCCGAACGGCUGUGCUGACCUUCACAAUAAUGGACUACGCUGGCCCCGGGCGGACGGUCAAUGUGGCCGGGACGGCAAUUUCGCUUUUUGGUAAGAACGGCGUCCUUCGGCAGGGCGUCUAUGAUUUGCGUCUCUGGCCAAAUGUGGCUGGGGAUGGGAAUGUCCCGAGUAAGACGCCGGGAAAGGGAAAGGAUGCAAGCAAGAAUCAAAUGCAGAGGCUGGCAAAAUUGGCCAAAAGACACAGAAAUGGGCAAAUGCAGAAGGUCGAUUGGCUCGAUAGACUCACAUUCCGGGAGAUUGAGGUGAUCAAUGAGAAGGAAAAACGACAAUCUGACUACAUGUACUUAAUGGUUGAAUUUCCAUCGGUCUUUGUGGAUGAGAAACCUUGCUCAAUAGUUUACUUUGAGCCCGAUGGCGAUCAGAAGUACACCUUCAUCUCCAAACCCAAAUUGGUUACAGUUCCUGAUCCUGAGAUUCUAUUAGAUAAUUUAGUGGAAAAGAAGCACCAUCUGCUCUCUCGUUCAGCACGAUCAGGGCUAUCGGAUCGUGAUGCAAAACCCACAGCUGGUGAUCGUGAUAUCCUCCAUACAAUCGUCUAUCGCUACCCACCGACGUACACGCUGUCGAGUGAGGAGCAAGAUCUCGUGUGGAAGUUCCGUUUCUACCUGAGUAGUCACAAGAAGGCCCUCACAAAGUUCCUCAAAUGCAUCAAUUGGGAGACAACGGGUGAGGUACGGCAGGCCCUUGGGCUGCUUGCGCACUGGACUCCGAUGGACGUUGAGGAUGCCCUGGAGUUGCUGACGCCAAUCUUUUCGCAUCCAGCUGUCCGGAAGUACGCUAUAACGAGACUGAAGCAAGCCCCCGAUGAGGAUCUCCUUCUCUACCUCCUGCAACUCGUGCAGGCACUCAAGUAUGAGAAUUUUGAGGAGAUUUUUGAGAUUUACAGGAAAAUUAUGCCCGAAAAGGAGAUUCUCAAGUCAAUUGAUGACAAUCCGUGUGAUUCAACGACGUCCGAAUCAACAGGGAGUCCGGAGAAUUUGACAGAGAGUGUCCAGAGCGUUGCAGCGGCGGAUUUACCAGCACAAAUGGAUGAGAUUCUAGCCAAUACAACACGUGAUGCUCCCUCGCCCAUUUCCGAGGCCUCCAACACACUGAUGAGUGAUACAAAUUCCACGACAAAGUGUAAUUUGGCCUCAUUCCUCAUUCAGCGUGCCUGUUGCAAUCCAACGCUGGCAAACUACUUCUUCUGGUACCUCACGGUGGAGUGCGAGGAUCACAAUCACAUACUGCGGAAGCAGGAUGAGAAGGUGCGUGAAAUGUAUAUGACGGUGCUGAAGACAUUCAUGCGGACCCUAUCGACGGGAAGUGCGGAACAUCGGCAGAUUCAUGCAAAUCUCAAGAAGCAACAGUGCUUCAUUGAGAAGCUCGUGAAGCUGGUGAAGAUGGUGGCCAAGGAGUCGGGGAAUCGGAAGAAGAAAACGGAGAAAUUUCAGCAAUUGCUGAGUGAGACGGAUGUCUUCAAGAUAAACUUUGCCAGCUUCGAACCACGUCCAUUCCCACUUGAUCCGGAGAUCUUUAUCAAGGGAAUUGUUUUCCAGAAUGUCACCCUCUUCAAGAGUGCGCUAAUGCCUGCAAAGCUCACUUUCAUCACAACAACCAAUGAGGAUUACGUGGCAAUCUUCAAGCAUGGUGAUGAUUUGCGUCAGGAUCAGCUGAUUCUGCAGAUGAUCACCCUCAUGGAUAAGUUGCUGCAACGGGAGAAUCUGGAUCUCAAGCUAACACCAUACCGUGUCCUGGCCACAAGUGCCAGGCAUGGAUUUAUGCAGUACAUUGAUUCGAUAACAGUGGCAGAUGUGAUUGCCAAUGAGGGUGGUAUCCACAACUACUUCCGGAAGCAUCAUCCCUGCGAGAAUGGGCCCUUUGGGUUUGCCUCUGAGAUUAUGGAUACAUACAUAAGGAGCUGUGCAGGCUACUGUGUCAUCACCUACCUCCUGGGAGUGGGGGAUCGUCAUCUCGACAAUCUCCUCCUGACAACAUCUGGGAAACUCUUCCACAUUGACUUUGGCUACAUCCUGGGACGUGACCCUAAGCCCAUGCCGCCUCCCAUGAAACUCAGCCGGGAGAUGGUGGAAGCCAUGGGGGGUGUUAAUUCGGAGUAUCAUCAUGAAUUCCGCAAACUCUGCUACACCGCCUUCCUCCAUCUGCGCAGACAUGCAAAUCUCAUGCUAAAUCUCUUCUCUUUGAUGGUGGAUGCAUCCGUGCCGGAUAUUGCCCUUGAACCGGAUAAGGCUGUGAAGAAGGUGGAGGAUAAUCUGAAGUUGGGCCUGAAUGACGAAGAGGCUGUUCAGCAUCUCCAGGGAUUGCUUGAUUUUUCCAUUUCAGCCGUUAUGCCGGCACUCGUUGAACAAAUUCACAAAUUAGCCCAAUAUUUGAGAAAGUAAGAAAAAAGGGCGCGCGCUUUUUUUCCCGGACUGAUUGUUUUAGAGAAGAAACGGAUUAUGAUCACAAAUUUUUAUGUAAAAAAAAAGAGAAAUAAUUUUUAAUAAGGAGGGAGUGAAAUCGAAAAUGUAUUAAGAAAUGUAGAAAAGAAAGAGAAA